UGAAAAGAUUAAAGAAUAUAAAAAGAACAAGCUUCAUGGUCGAGGAAAUCCGGUUGACUAUCAUACGAUCGCCUGGUGCAAUAAUAUGACGAUGGCUUCCUGGAGUCAAUCUCCGGGAGAAAAAAUACACACGCCAUAUAUACCUUCGCCUUUAAAUCCGAUAAAUGCUGAGACGUCACCGAGGCGACAAAGACGAAAUGACCAAUUCCGAGGGUUAAGACAUGAGCAAAGUCCGACACAGAGAUUAAUGCGCCAUAAAGCGGCAUUGGCGUGGAGGUCGAUGUCUUCUCAUAACAACGCUAUCAUAAACCAUGCCGGAAUAAUACAUGACGAAGUUGAAGCGAGAAUGAAACCAAUUGAGAGGAUGGUGGAAUCCUAUCUUGUCCGCGCCUCUAUGGAUCACCACCUAAGGACACUUGCAGACGAAAAGCAACAUGAGGCCGAAACAGGAGGGGGGCAAAGAGAUACGGAGAAGCAAUCGCUGGAAAACGACUACAGGGGGAAUUACGCACCGGAAAUAUGUUUGCUUUUAGACGUGUUAACAACAAGGCGUUUGGCAUUUGUGGUUGGGAUAUUGGUCACCCUCGGAGUUCUGACAAUAAUGCGCGCAGUUGGUAGGAUUCAGAUAUGGCAAACAUGAAUAUUUUUAUUGCCCAUGCGAGUUUUGGAUGAAUUCCUUCUGAUGGGUACCUAGGUAUCGUAAUGGAGAGUAAAGCCGAUGCGUCUAUCUUCAAAAAUCCAGGACCAAACACCCCCUUUCUAUAUGUUGUUCAUGACUGACCGUAUAUUAUCGUACACACCCUUAUCAUCACAUAUUACCUUGAAAUCUAUUUUUCUCUUCUCGGCGUAUCAUCGUUAUUUUGUUUUGUCGUAUCUGGCGGUUUAUCAUUUUUCACCUUCUCUUCUUUUUCAUUUUGUAUCGCUAUUUCGACUUGCCAUAUUGCCCGCUCUAAUUCCACUUCCAAUUCUGGUAUUUCUAAUGCUUUCACGAGUUGUUUCCCAUUACUUUGGGAAAGUAGGAGGGUUUCUUCCACAUGUUCUUUUGACUCGUUUCCCGU